GUCUGUUAUAUACAUCUGUGUAGUGACUUUUUCAAUGACAAGUGCUCAUUUUAUGACAUUUAAUAUUAAAGAAAAUGAUUACGCCCUUGCUAAUUGUAUAAUUGGUGUAUGUGAUAUAAGAAAAUUCACGAAAAAAACUGUUGUGCUUUACGAACCUGAUCACCAGGAUUCAUCAUUCUUCGAAGAAUUAAACAGUUUAAUCGUCGAUAAACAGUUACCAUACAUUGUAACAAAUAAUUUAAAAGAAGUUUACAAGACAGGUCAAAACUACACCGACGACAUCUUGGUUGUAAUCUAUCAGAAAUCUUGUGAUACUCUAGACGUUCCUAUAAACAAAGAUACGAAAUAUCUUGUUGUUGUUGACGAAUAUAUUUUUGACUCACAGUGUUAUGACAAUUUCAUGAAAAGCUUACUUAAAGUUAGAACAUAUGACGUAACAUUUAUAACCAGAGACAAAAUGUAUGAGAAAUAUAAUUUUAUAACAGGCGUGCCUCAUUGGAAUGAAAAGAAAUGUGAUGUAGAUGAGAAUGUUACAAUGACGAAUAUAAAUACAAGUGUUAAUGGAUCUUUAGAUAAAUAUGACAAAAAUACCAUAUUUCCAUCUAAACGACUAAAAAAUCUUAAGCUGUGUGCAUUUAAGGUUGGAAUGGGGGCACUUUUUCCAUUUUCAGUAAUAGAAAAUAAUGAUUCUUUUAAAAAUUUACAUCCUUUAAAUGAGGAAGAUAUAUUUGGAUCCGAUUUAGAAAUCAUGAAGUUAAUAGCAAAAAAUUUUUACGCCACUCUCGCAAUGUUUCACAUCAAACAGGAUGAAAAGUAUGAUUCCAUUAAAUAUUUGCUGAACGGUCCCCUUGAUGCGUGUGGUGGAGGACUUUACAAUAUAUAUGGAGAUAUUGUAUACAUACUCGUCAGCGUGCCUCAUUGGAAUGAAAAGAAAUGUGAUUUAGAUGAGAAUGUUACAAUGAUGAAUAUAAAUAGUUGUGUUAAUGGAUCUUUAGAUAAAAAUGAUGAAAAAUUCAUCUUUCCUUCUAAAUAUCUAAACAAUCUUAAGCUGUGUAAGUUAAAGAUUGGAAUGGCACCACUUUUUCCAUAUUCAGUGAUAGCAAAUGAAAAUUCACUUCAAAGUUUAGAUCGUUUAAAAGAGGAAGAUAUAUUUGGAUCCGAUUUAGAAAUUAUAAAGAUAAUGGCAAAAAAAAUUAAUUUUACCCUUGAAAUGUUUUACAUCAAACGGGAUGAAGAUAAUAAUAUGGUAAAAAAGGAUUUCAUCAACUAUUUGCUGAACGGUACCCUUGAUGCGUGUGCUGGAGGACUUUACAAUAUAUAUGGAAAUGUUGUAGCCUAUUCCGGAGUAUAUGAUCGUGAAUUAGUUAUUUUAAUCUAUACUGUCGAACGAGAAACGAGAUCUUGGCAAACCUUAUUGAGAAAAACUGGUGGCCUCUAUAUAUUUCUAAUAUUUUUGGCGUCUUAUUCCAUAAUAUGGAAAUUAUUCUGUCAGUUUGAUGGCCGUGCGGUUUCAUUGAACAAUACCAUACUAUAUGGUUUUGGUGCUCUUGUUGGAACAUCGUCUUUAGCAAACGCGAUGUCUUUGAAACAGAAGAUUCUGAACUUAUCAUAUCUCAUACUGUGUUUGCAUCUAUCUUCAUACAUAAGUACCCAAAUGUAUUACUAUCUAACAGUAGAGAAUCCCCCAAAAACAAUAAAUACAAUAGACGAACUUACGAUAUCCGGCACAGUCCCAUACAUAAUCCCAGCAAAAAAAUAUUUUAUAAAUAAUGAUAAAUAUUUAGCAUUUGCAAACACAUCGCGUGAAUGCGAGGAUUUUUUUGAUUGUGAGAGAUUAGUUCUAAAAAACAGAGGGGCAACACUUAUUUUAGAAGGAUUGUUAUAUCCUUUUCAGUCAUCCGCUGCCGUAAAAGAUGAAUCAAGGAUAAUGAGAGUGGACGAAGAUGUUCUAGUAAUUUAUCAUGAAAUGAUUAUGAGAAAAGAUUGUUUUGUGGUAGAUAAAUUACACAAUAUUAUACCACGUCUUUUUGAAGCUGGUAUUUGUGAUAAAUUAUAUAAAGAAGCUAUCGGGGUGACUGUUGUGGAUAAAGCUAAUAUUGCAGUGAAAAAUAUUCUGUCCUAUUCUUAUAGCUGUUCUACUGGAUGUAAAAUAACUUGGUUGCAACUGGCGGGAUCUUUUUACCUCUGGAUGAUUGGAUGUGGCCUGUCGGUUUGCUGUUUUAUUGUAGAAAUACUCACUAAGAAGCAGGUAUAAGUUUUGCUUCUCAUAUACAUACGUGUGAAAGAGAA